UCUAGUCGAGGAAGCAGUAAGAAGUUGCAGCUCAGUGUUCUCUGCUCUUGCUAUCAUCACACGCACUUUAGAGAGAGAGAGAGAGAGAGAGGGGGAGAGAAUCAAAUGCUCUGAAAAUGGACUACCCAUUUGCUCUCAGACUUUUUUUGUACGAUAAGGAAAAAGAAACCACAAUUUGAAGAAGAAGCUGAAAAGAAAAGGGUCUGUUGGUUCCAUUGUUGAAUACACACACACGGAGAGAGAGAGAGAGAGUGGAGGAAUCUUUUGGACAUUAAUAGUGGGAAUCUUUCAUCUUUUCUACUGAGACCACUCUCCAUACCCUGAAAGGUAAUCUCUCAUGUCUUGCCCAACUGUUAGCCACUCUUUCCUCUUCUGCUUUCCCUGUACUACUAUUUCUUAACUCUCUGCUACUUUUAUGCGCCGCUUUUCUUCUCUCUUCAAACGUUCUUUAUUUCUCACGAUUUGAUCCAUUUCCUUGUUAAGUUGACUACCUCGCUACAAUUUACUUUUGUUGGUUAAUGAUGAUGGGCUGAUUAUGCAUUUCAAUAUUUGAAGCUAUUCAGAUGAGUUUUUCUCCCUAGACCAUCUGGAGAAUUUGACUGAAAUUUAUUGGAUAAAGAAGAAGCCACCUUGUUCUAUCAAUCUUCUCUGGAGGGUUGAGUUAUAUACCCGAAUUUGAUAAUGGUUUCAAGGUCUUAUUCUAACCUUUUGGAUCUUACUUCUGGUGAAUCCCCAACUUUCGGUCGAGGGGGCAGGAAGCUUUCUAGGGUGGCUACUUUUGCUGGGGUAUUGUCCGAAGUAGAUGAUGAUAGCAAUGUUAGUGUUGGCUCCGAUGCCCCCUCUUCCGUUUCCCAAGAACGGAUUAUCAUCGUGGGUAACCAACUUCCGCUUCGUGCACAUAGAAGAUCAGAUAGCGAUGGAGGAGGGUGGAACUUUAGUUGGGAUGAGGACUCCCUUCUUUUGCAACUCAAAGAUGGCCUAGGAGAAGAUGUGGAAGUAGUCUAUGUUGGUUCUCUCAAGGAAGAAAUUGACACUAGUGAACAAGAUAACGUGGCACAAACCUUGCUCGAAACUUUCAACUGUGUUCCGGCUUUCAUCCCUCCGGAUCUCUUCGGUAAAUUCUACCAUGGGUUUUGUAAGCAGCAUUUGUGGCCUUUAUUUCACUACAUGCUUCCUCUGUCGCCAGAUCUUGGUGGGAGGUUUGAUAGGUCCUUCUGGCAAGCUUACGUCUCCGUGAAUAAGAUAUUCGCGGAUAAAGUGAUGGAAGUGAUUAGCCCUGAUGAUGAUUUCGUUUGGGUCCACGACUACCAUUUGAUGGUUUUGCCAACCUUUCUAAGGAAGAGGUUUAACCGGUUGAAGCUCGGAUUCUUCCUCCAUAGUCCAUUCCCAUCAUCUGAAAUAUAUCGGACACUACCCGUUAGAGAUGAACUUCUUAGGGCACUCUUGAACUCGGAUCUUAUUGGUUUCCAUACUUUUGACUAUGCAAGGCACUUCCUUUCCUGUUGCAGUAGAAUGCUAGGGGUUUCGUACCAAUCCAAGAGAGGUUAUAUAGGGCUUGAGUAUUAUGGUCGGACAGUUAGCAUUAAAAUUCUUCCUGUUGGGAUCCACUUGGGUCAGCUUCAGUCUGUGCUGGAUCUUCCGGAGACUGAAUCCAAGGUUGCAGAGUUGCGCGAUCAGUUUAGGGGUCAGACUGUUUUGCUUGGGGUUGAUGACAUGGAUAUUUUUAAAGGGAUAAGCUUAAAAUUACUGGCUUUUGAACAGUUGCUCUUACAGCAUCCGGAGAAGAGGGGUAAAGUUGUUUUGGUCCAAAUUGCAAAUCCUGCUAGAGGGCGAGGGAGAGAUGUUCAAGAGAUCCAAACCGAAACUCACACCACAGCAGGCAGGAUUAAUCAAACUUACAGACAGACAGGGUACGAUCCGGUGGUUUUGAUUGAUUCCCCGCUUCAGUUUUAUGAGCGAAUCGCUUUUUACGUAAUUGCAGAGUGUUGUCUUGUGACGGCGGUGAGAGAUGGGAUGAAUCUUAUACCUUAUGAAUACGUUGUUUGCCGACAAGGAAACGAUAAGCUAGAUAACACCAUAGGUCUGAACCCAACUACUCCAAAGAAAAGCAUGCUAGUGGUCUCUGAGUUUAUUGGGUGCUCUCCUUCUCUUAGUGGUGCGAUUCGUGUUAAUCCAUGGAACAUUGAGGCUGUGGCUGAAGCUAUGAAUUCUGCCUUGAUAGUCUCAGAGGCAGAGAAACAGAUGCGGCACGAGAAACACCAUAGAUAUGUGAGUACACACCAUGUGGCAUAUUGGGCGCAUAGCUUUUUGCAGGAUCUUGAAAGGGCGUGUAGGGAUCAUGUCAGAAGAAGGUGCUGGGGUAUUGGGUUUGGUUUGGGUUUUCGGGUUAUUGCUUUGGAUCCAAACUUCAGGAAGCUUUCAGUUGAGCAUAUUGCUUCAGCAUAUAAGAGGACAAAGAACCGAGCGAUUUUGUUGGAUUGUGAUGGCACUAUGAUGCUGCAAAGUUCAAUUAGCACUGCCCCUAAUGCAGAGGCUAUAGCAAUCUUAAAAAGCUUGUGCAAAGACCCCAAGAAUGUAGUUUUCCUAGUUAGCGGGACAGAUAAAAAAACUCUAUCUGAAUGGUUUUCUUCAUGUGAAAAGCUUGGGAUGGCAGCAGAGCAUGGCUAUUUUCUGAGGCCCAAUCCCCAAGCAGACUGGGAAACUUGUGUUGCUGUACCAGAUUUUUAUUGGAAACAGAUUGCUGAGCCGGUAAUGCGAUUAUACACGGAAACAACAGAUGGUUCCACCAUAGAGGCCAAAGAGAGUGCACUUGUUUGGAAUUACCAGUAUGCAGAUCCGGAUUUUGGAUUAUGUCAGGCUAAGGAACUUCUUGAUCACCUGGAAAGUGUUCUUGCCAAUGAACCUGUUUCUGUUAAAAGCGGCCAGCACAUCGUAGAAGUUAAACCACAGGGUGUCAACAAAGGUCUCGUUGCAGAGCACCUGCUAGUCACAAUGCGACAGAAGGGCAUGCUUCCAGAUUUUGUACUCUGUAUUGGGGAUGAUCGGUCGGACGAGGACAUGUUUGAGGUGAUAAGGAGUGCCAUGGCGGGUCCCUCUCUCUCCCCGGUCGCCGAAGUGUUUGCAUGCACUGUUGGCCAAAAGCCCAGCAAGGCCAAGUACUACUUGGAGGACACAACUGAAAUACUGAGAAUGUUGCAGGGCCUCGCUGCUGCUUCAGAGCAGUCGACUAAAAGUGUCUCCCAAUCUUCUCAAAGAGUGGUCAUUGACAGAGAAUGAGUGAAAGUGUCUUGGUCUCUCUUCAUUGUAUAAAUAUUUGGUUGCCUGUGGAGUUUUUUUUUUUUUUUUGGGACCCAUUUAUUGUGGGUUCGGGAUUGAUGAUUGGAGGGUUUUGACCUACGUUGUUAUUCUGCUGUUAUUGGAGGUGUGUAGUUUCAAUUCUUAUUAGUAAAAUAUAAUGUAAACUCUGAUUUUGCUGCUCA